GUUUUCAUUGAUGGUUUCAAUUAUAUAUAUGUAAAUACUUGUUUAACAUAUGUAAUCUAAACAUGCAUAAAUGAAUACAUGUAUAUAUAUCCAGAUUAUGUUCUUCGAUAAUCGUCGGAAAUGCAUAUAAAAUACAUUUUUUCUUCCAUGAAAAUACCAAUAUCUUUAUUACUCGUUUAAAAUUCGGACAUAAUGUUUUAGAAGAGGAAAAAAGAAAAAUCCUGACUCAAAGGCAUGUAUAUGCGAUGGAUAUACCAAUCCAUCUCUAUUCAUUUGAUAAUUUAUUCCACCCUGGAUAUAUCUUUGAUUUAGGAAUUCAAGCACAAUAUGGUUUUGUCUGUAGAUUGAUCUGUAAAAUUUUCUCAGGGAGAAACAUAGCAAUGACAGUUCUUGGAACAAUAGGUUUCCUGCGAUUGUGGUGCAGAAAGAUGAGGCAUACUAAGAAGGUUUUUUGCAUACAAAACUCAAAGAAAUCAAGUCAUUUGUUCGAUAACUAUUUUGGCAAGGAAUUUCCAGAGUAUGCAUUACAAAGCAUAGAUCACAGGGAUUCUCUCAAACCCGAUUCCCAAGUCCUGGUUGUUUGUUACGCUUCCGCUCGACUGAAGGACGAAAUUGAUACAUCAUUAGAAAACAUUUCAUAUAAAGGAAAAUUAAUGCUGAUCAUAAUACAUUCAUGUGAACCGACCCAAAGACCAACGAAAAUUCUGGACAGGUGCUCGGACAGAAGAGUUAAAUCUUUUACAACUCUGCUGAUAUGGAACGGUGUGUUUUAUCCUUGUCCGACGAACAAGGACGCUAGAAGGACCAUUAUGUUUUAUCUAAAAAGGAAAUAAACACACUAAGAAACACUUAUAUUGACAACUUUUCUUUAUCCCCCUGGAAGGAUAUGGUAACGUGCUUGUGAAUAUUUGAAUUGAUGUGUCCUUAUAUGUAAAACGAAAGUAACGUUGACGUGUUUUGCAUUGUGGAAUGCUAUUUAAUUCUAUAGAUACACUCUAUUGCAAGAAUGUUUUUAUCGACAUAUUUUUGCAUUUUUAUC